CUCACACUCACACUCACACUCACACUCACACUCACACUCACACUCACACUCACACUCACACUCACACUCACACUCACACUCACACACACACACUCACACACACACACUCCAUUUCACUUCUAUCCUUCAAUUUUCUUGCUUUGACAUCGAUUUCCGUGUCAAGCAAGUAUCCUUACCACACACCACACUCUCUCAUUUCUUCAGCCUCUUGCCCAAAAUCCACACCCCAAUUUAGGUAAAAAAUCUCCCAAAAAACCAAUCCAAAAUCCCUUUCUACAUUUCAUUUCUCCUAUGUGUAAUCCCUGAAAGCCAUUCUCAAAUCUUGCUCUCUUGUCCAUUAAAAAACCCAACAUUUUUUUUCCUGGUUUGUGUUCCUUUUUAGUGCACUUUUUUCAUCCGGACUUUUGUAAUUUAUGUGUUAAAAGGGGUUUUUUGCCACCAAUUUCGUGUGUGUUGUUUGUGGGUUUGGUGUAAUUUUGUAAAAAAUAUAAUCUUGGGGAUGGAAACGGGGCAGGAGAUUGUGGUGGCGAUGGGGGCUCCUCCGCCGACUUCUUUGGCGCCCGGGUUCAGGUUUCAUCCAACGGAUGAGGAGUUGGUGAGGUAUUAUUUGAGGAGAAAAGUUUGUGGGAUGCCUUUCAGGUUUGAAGCAGUUAGUGAAAUUGAUGUCUACAAAUCUGAGCCAUGGGACCUUGCUGAGUAUUCGUCGUUGAAGACGAGAGAUCUAGAGUGGUACUUCUUUAGCCCUGUGGAUAGGAAGUACGGCAACGGAUCCAGGCUGAAUCGUGCCACUGGGCAAGGGUACUGGAAAGCGACUGGGAAGGACCGCCCAGUGAAACACAAGAACGAGUCCAUUGGAAUGAAGAAAACACUCGUUUUCCACAGCGGACGUGCCCCUGAUGGAAAGAGGACUAAUUGGGUGAUGCACGAGUACAGGCUGUGCGACACAGAACUUGGAAAUGCCGGUGUUCUACAGGAUGCAUUUGUGCUAUGUAGAAUCUUCCAGAAGAGUGGCCUCGGACCACCUAAUGGGGACCGAUAUGCCCCAUUUAUCGAAGAGGAAUGGGAUGAGGACGCCCCGCUUGUGGUCCCCGGGGAAGACAUGGAAGAUGACAUGGCAAAUGGCGAUGAAGUGCGCGGAGAUUGCACUAACACCGAACAGGACUCGCAGCCUCUCGUCGCUCCACUCCUCCUCACGUACUCGGCCGAUCCCCCCUGCCUCCCCUUCCUGGGCAAGAGGGAUAGGCCCGCAGUCGAUCCGGAGCCCCUCUCGCUGGACAACGGCAAGAGACCGAAGCGCGAUGAUCCAAACUGCAGCAUCGCAAACGGAUCCGAGGACUCCACCACGACGAGCCACGGUCGUUCCUCGACAAUGAUGAUGACGAUAACCAACCUCCCGCCUGUAGAGAUCCCCCUUCUAGAGACCCUAGGCGCGAAAGACAACCUCCCGGGCAGCAUGCCCACGUUUAACUCGGCAGAACUGGAAAAAUCCGUCCCUCCCGGCUACCUCAAGUUCAUCAGCAACUUGGAGAACGAGAUCAUCGACAUCUCGUUGGAGAGGGAGAGGCUGAAGAUUGAAGUGAUGAGAGCGCAAGCGAUGAUCAACAUUCUUCAAUCCCGAGUUGAGGCCUUGACCAAGGAAAACGCGGAGCUCGAGAGACGUGAAUAGGGAUGUGACGAUGUAGCUGUCGCCCUCCUCGAGUUCUAGUGUCGUGUAGUUGCCGGCCCUUCACCACAUUUUUUUGUGGCGCUGCUUUUGAUUAGGACAGGGAAGGUAAUUUCUGGGUUUUUAGAUCACUCUCUCUACAGUUUAACUGGGAAUGAACAAUGAUGAAUUUAUGACAAUGCAAUUUUAUUUUUUUAAAUAAAGUUGGUUUAUUUUGUGUUGCCUGAAUA